AUUGAUUGCAAGACAUUGAACGGCAUCUUCUUUAUAUCUUCUAAACACAAUAGAAAUGCUGGCAUUGAGGACAAGUAUAAGGUCGAAGAAGGGGUUGAUAUGAAUAAACUUGAUCAGUUUAAAGUUGAAAAGUUAAGGAAAAAUCUACUAGGUAACUUGCUAUAA